ACUCCGCAGACUUUGUGCGCCUCAGCGGAGACGCGUCUGGCUUCUGGCCGCUUCGGAGUCUUUGGGAAUUUUAACUGCGAGGAAAAGUGAAGCAGCAGCAGCAGCAGCAGCAGCGGUAUUUUCCUGGGAGUUUGCAGAGAGGGAGAAUGAUUGUGCGGAGGGACCAGCCGCCGCUGCACUGACAACAUGGGGUUCUUGCCUCUCCAAGGAGGUGGAAGGUGGAGGCUCCGGCAUUUCGUCCUCUUCGUUCUGCUGUGGAUGUUUCUGGACGGGACCGCUCCAGUGCUGGGCUGCAGCUCCGUAGAUUGUAACGUGGUGCUGACUGAGGCCCAGGGGAAGUUCUCGUCACCCUGCUACCCCGAGAUAUACCGCAACGGUCUGACCUGUAAGUGGACCAUGCAGGCGCCGGCCGGCUUCAUCGUUCAGCUCACCUUCUUGGACUUCGAACUGGAGGAGGCGCAGAACUGCAUGUACGACCGGGUGGUGGUGAACACCGGCAGCACAGAGUCAAAGUUUUGUGGGCUGACAGCCAGUGGUUUGACUCUGAACUCUACGAGAAACGUGAUGGAGCUUUCCUUCGUCUCUGACUUCAGCAUACGGAAGAAGGGGUUCAUGGUUAGCUUCCAGCAUGUUGCCGUGGCCCUGAGGAACCAGAAGGUGAAAAUCCCAAAUGGUAACGGACAAAUCGCGAAGGUCACCAGCUCCAUCCCGCCGCUCAAUGCACUGACCAUAUGCUUUGAGGUGGAGAGAGAGGCCUUCAAUCAGAAUGAGUGGCUCUUCACCUACUACGCUAACAACAAUGACGUGGCGCUGAGCUUUGGCUACAAUCAGACGGGCAUGGAGAUGGUUAUUGACGGCGUGACCUGCUCAGUGAAGUCAAUCAUCUCCGCUAAUGACUUUACCUCCUCCAUGAAGUCCUUUUGUAUCCUCUGGACGUCCUCCGACGCCCUCAUAGCGGUUUACUUCAACGGGACCUACUGGGGGAAGACCUGCUCACUUACUAGUGGCCACACUGUACCGGCUGGAGGAAACUUCCACUUAGGAGGGCAGUACAGUUUCAAAGGGAACAUGUACAACUUCCGCCUGUGGGAUCAUGCCAUGUCGAUGCAGGAGCUCAAGACAUUGACCUGCGACAUGGUGGGGAACAUCGUCGACUGGGACAACAGCCACUGGGCCAUCUCAUCCUCCCUCGCUCAGACCGACAACACGCUUAGCUGCAUCUGCUAUCCUCAUUGCAUUCACUUAACUGCUGCUGCGCCCACUAGUGGUUCCACACCAACGUCGGGCUGCGACUCGGGCGGACCGGGCUGCUCAGCCGCUUCCUCUCCCACCGCCUCAUCCACUGACUCCACUAACUCUGGCCACGCUACUAACGCCAUCUCCCACGCACCCCCUCCCAUCCCUUCACCCCUCACCCCCGCCUCUAGCAUGCCUCUAACCCCAAUCCUCACCAGCAGCGCUCUCAGCUCCUCCUCAUCCUCUGCUUCCGCCCCCAGCGACACCAGCGCCGCUACGCCUUCACCCACCGCUGCUGUCGCUGCUCCAGCCGGCAGCACAACCGACGCCGAACAGACGAGCAGCAUCACUGAAGCCGUUUCCUCCGCUAGCACUAACCACGCAGCUACUAACAGCGCGCCGCUUGCUUCUUCUGUCGUUUCUUCACCUGAAACUCUUCCAGGGACGACGCUGCAGCUGCCAUUUCUAACCACCAGCCAUCCGUCCAUUAACAAAGCUGACCCUGAUGUUUCCUCUCGGGAUGGUUUGUUCUACCAGGUCUCCUUCCUGCUGGAGUCUGAGCUGAACCAGCAGGCGGUGCAGCGAGGCGUGGCUCUCUGGCUCAACCAGACGUUCCAGAACUGGACCCAUUCUGUGGAUGACGUCAGAGUCCAGCAGAGCGGAGCCUCAAACAGUUACUCCUGCCAGGUGCUGCUGGUGAUCACCAAUGAGAGUCUGGGGAAGGACGACAUCUUGGCCCAGGUGCGCAGUGGUCUGGCCAGUACCGGCCUGCAGAUCCAAACCGCCAGCAUCAACGUCAACCUAAUAGAGAACUGCCCGAAGGACAACCACCGUCUCUACCUGUGGCCCGAGACCAAACCCAGACUCACCCAGUACCAGCCCUGCUUCCCCAACAAAGACCUGAGCGCCUCCAGAACCUGCGUGAUAAACCCAGAAACCUUCCGCUCCCAGUGGUCGGCUGCCAACCUCACUAACUGCACGGUCACAGCAGAAAACGCAGCGGGUGUGGCGGAGCAGCUGGCGAACUUCACCAAGCACACGCUGUCUAACGCUGAGGUCUCCCAGGUCAUGACGAAGGUGCGCGAGCUGGUCAACGUCGCCAAGAUCGACUCCGCCGUGGCCGGAUCCGUCGUCCACAUCAUCUCCAACGUCAUGAUCGGCUCGGAGAAACCGCCGGAGAGGAACACCUCCAAAAUAGCGCUGAGGGCUGUGGAGAAGCUGGCUAAGAAAGUGGAGUUUGUGGGUCCGUCCAUGAACAUCACCUCCAAACAUCUGGCUCUGGGAAUUCUGGCGCUCGACUCCAGGUCCUUCAACGGAACGUCGUUCAGCGCCUUCUUCCUGCCGAACUCCACCGACCCGACGAUCGAGUUCGACCGGACGGCCAACCCGCUGGCGCAGGUGACGCUGCCCGCCUCCCUGCUGUCCGGCGUGUCGUCGGGCGACCUGGACAGGUCGUCUCUGUCCAGGAUCAACUUCAUGUUCUUCAGCAGCCCCAGCUUCUUCACGAAAGAGCAGAAGGGCCUGUCUCUGAACAGCUACGUUGUGGCCAGCAGCGUGGGGAACCUGUCCAUCAGAGACCUGAGGGAUCCGGUGAAGAUCGAGAUCGCCCACCUGUCGGAUCAGGUCUCGGCACGCAGGGAGUGCGUCUUCUGGGACUUCACAAUGAACAAGGGCAACGGAGGCUGGAGCAACCGCGGCUGCAACGUUUCCAAACAGUCCAGCACCAACAGGACCGUCUGCCUCUGCAACCACCUGACUCACUUCGGCAUCCUGAUGGACAUUUCCCAGACUUCAUUUCAAAUAGAUCGGGAAAACCAGAAGGUCCUGACAUUCCUGUCCUACAUCGGCUGCGGCAUCUCGGCCCUCUGCUCCGCCGCCACGCUGCUCACCUACAUCGCCUUCGAGAAACUGCGGCGAGAUUAUCCGUCUAAGAUCCUGAUGAACCUGAGCGCGUCGCUGCUGCUGCUCAACAUCGUGUUCCUGCUGGACGGCUGGCUCGCCAGCAUGGCCGACAGCGAGGGGCUGUGCACGUCGGCGGCCGUCCUCCUGCACUACUUCCUGCUGACCUCCUUCACCUGGAUGGGCCUGGAGUCCGUCCACAUGUACAUCGCUCUGGUGAAGGUCUUCAACACCUACAUACGGAGAUACAUCCUGAAGUUCUGCAUCGUGGGAUGGGGUUUACCUGCAGUCCUGGUGGGAAUCAUCGUCUCGGUGAAUAAAAACUAUUACGGCGUCUUGAAGGGCCAUGAAGAAGACUCAGGAAUGAUCUGUUGGAUCAAGGAGAAGAGCGUCUUCUACACCACCUGCGUGGGCUACUUCUGCCUGAUGUUCCUGCUCAACGUGGCCAUGUUCAUCGUGGUGAUGAUGCAGAUCUGCGGCCGUAACGGCAAACGCAGCAACCGCACCCUGCGGGAGGAGGUUCUUCGAAACCUUCGGAGCGUGGUCAGCCUCACCUUCCUGCUGGGGAUGACGUGGGGCUUCGCUCUGUUCGCCUGGGGACCCGUCUACCUGACCUUCACCUACCUGUUCACCAUCUUCAACUCCCUGCAAGGCCUCUUCAUAUUUAUCUUCCACUGCGCCCUGAAGGAAAACGUGCAGAAGCAGUGGAGGAGAUACCUCUGCUGUGGCCCCUACCGGCUCUCAGAGAACUCAGACUGGAGCAAGACGGCCACCAACAACACGAAGAAGGUGAGCUCAGACAACCUGGCCAAGUCGCUGUCCUCCAGCUCCUUCGGCUCCAGCACCAUCAACUGGACCGCCAAGGCUAAAGCCACGCUGACGCCGUUCUCCAGGCGCAGCCGCAACGCAGAAAAACGUUUCUCCAACCAGACCGGCCCCAAGUGCGUCUCCUCGACCUCUUCCGACGCGGAGCCCAACUCCUCUUCCUCCUCCUCCUCCUCCUCCUCCUCCAUCCUCCCCGUCAGCCAGAUGAUUGACAAGGUGAAAGGCUACUGCUCCACACGCACCGACAACUUCUACAAGAACAUCAUCCUGUCCGACAGCUUCACCAACUGCACCCGGCUCUAGAGCUGCCUUCUCGGCCCCUGGGACACCUUUUCUUGUCCGGUUGUGGUUUUUCUAAAUAUUCCCGACGCUUUUUCAACCUGGGAUUUUUUUCUCUUUCUGGAACAUCGUCAAGCAUCUAAGAUGUCUUCGUUGCUGAUACCCAGAGAAGGUUGUCUUAAUUUUAAGGAGCUUGAAAAUCUUUGUAAAUCUGACCCAGGACGUCUUUCCGCCGUCUUCUUAUG